UUUAGGAGAUUUGUUUAAAGUGUAAUGUUAGCCAGUAGCAAGUUACUUCAGUAUUUAACUGCAAGGUAUCCUGUCUAUACUGACAUUCACACUUAGUACAGUUAUCUGACAUCUUUUGAAUAUAAAGUAUCUGAGCAGAGGUCACGGAUGAAUUUGAUGUCAAGCAAACUAUUUGAAAAUAUGUACAACUUUAAUUACAACCAACAAUAUAACAUGCCUAAUUUUACUAGGGCAAAUGCCACAGAAAUGCAUGUAAACACACAAAGCCUGUCCUGUGUAAGGAUAAUGAUAAGGCAGGGGUCCCGUCUUGACAGAAUCCAUGAAGUAAGGCUGUUAAAAUGCAGAUGUUUUGCGUUCUCGCACAUGGUACUUAUGUUCACUAAAGCCUCAGGGCACAAAACUCUGCAUAACAUGUUAGUGAGGCAUUAGACAAAGGUUCACUGUAUUGGCUUUACACUGAAGGGUCUGGUCUGUAAAACUGUAUCCAUUUAUUGGAAUACAUUCUACUGUAUAAAUUGAAGCGAUUUACGAGUUUCAAGUUUACCAUUUUCCAAAGCAACUGAAGCGCACAAACACAAUACAAAACUAUACUGAAAACUACAGAGGUCACAACCAUAGGAAACCUGCAGUGAAAAUGAGAGGCUGGAUUUUACUGCUGAUCCUGGCAAGGCUUGUCAAUCUUUCCAUGACACAACCAACCAACUCUUUAACCUGGCUAAGUUAUCUUCGUAACCGAGCCUACAGUCAUGGCUAUGGUCGUAGUCACAACGGCAAUUACGCUUCUCUAAGAAAUGAGGAUGAGCCUUCUGUGCUAGACUGCCCUUUGGAAUGUGACUGCCCUCCUGCCUACCCCAAAGCAAUGUACUGCAACAACCGCAAGCUACAACAUGUGCCGUUUGUACCAUCUCAUAUUAAAUAUGUAUACUUGCAAAAUAACCAGAUCACAGGCAUCACAAAUGGGGUCUUUGAUAAUGCACCAAAUUUAACUUGGAUCAUUAUGCAUGCAAAUAAACUAACCUCUGACAAGAUUGGUGAUAAAGUUUUUGCCAAACUUCCAAACCUUCAGCGCCUCUUUUUACAAAACAACAACUUAAGUCGUGUUCCACAGGAUUUACCACAUUCCCUACGAGAUCUACACCUGAAUCACAAUAAUAUCUCAGUGGUACCGCUUAAUUCUUUCCAUGGAAUGAGCAACCUGACAGCUCUAUAUCUUCAAGCAAAUGCUAUAGAAGACCUAGGCAAUGCACUCAAGGGUUUGCUUUCCUUGACCGUUUUAGACUUAAGAGGGAACCGAUUGAAAAUGAUUCCACAAAGCCUGCCACCAAAGCUGAGCCAACUCUAUCUUGAGUACAACUAUAUAUCCAGCAUUCCUGCUGACUUUCUGAGCCAACGGCCUGAUUUGCGCUUUGUACGGCUGUCUCACAACCAGCUCACCAAUGGGGGAAUUCCAGCCAAUGCUUUCAAUGUCAGCACACUUGUUGAACUCGAUUUGUCAUUCAACAAGCUGGAGAGGAUUCCGACUAUCAGCACCAGCCUAGAGAAUCUGUAUCUCCAGGCCAACAAGAUCAAAGAAUUUUCAGUGAGCAGCUUCUGCAGAGUUGUGGACACAAACAAUUAUUCUAACCUGCGUGUACUGCGACUGGAGGCCAAUGAAAUUACCCCACGAGAUAUACCCAAUGAAGCGGUUCUCUGUCUGCGCCUGGCAACCAACAUCGACCUGUAGGCCUGGCAUCAAGCCUUCAACAGUGCAUCAAAUUAUUGUCAGGCAUGAGCUACAUGUAAUGAAUCUAUAGCUUUGCUUUGAUUUGCAAUUAUGCUUAACAAAAUUGUAAGUCUUGUGCUUUUUCUGAAUUUACAACCAGUGUUAAAGUGUGAGAUUAGGCUCUCUGAUUCAGGAACACUAGCUAUGUUUCCAUCCAAAGAUGUUAAUUAAAUUUAUGCACAAAAUUGAAAUAUUGCAGUAAAGAUAUGUGAAUAAAGCACUAAUUUAAAGUUUCCAUCCAAUGAGGCAAAGAGAACAAAAUUGUCACUUAUAUCAAUGAUAAAAUAUCAGAACAAAUAUCCAUAAUAAAAACAGAAUUUGCUAAGGUAGGAGAAGCUGCAUGCAGAGGCGAACUGGCCAUAGGGAGCACCAGGACAUUUCUCGGUGGCCUGACAGUCAAUCUGGCCUGCCACCGAGACUAUGGCCUGCCGUCUAACUUUCCCUGGUUUUCACUCAUUAAUCGAACCUUAUGUGGCUUGAGCUACAAAAACUUUUCCCGGAUGAAAAUGCUGUCCCAGUCCACCCCUGGCUGCAUGAAUCGUUUCUUUAUUUAAUAAAUUACUUGCGCCUCAAGUAAUAACUGUGUGGUGGUGUUUAAAGGUGUGAGAUGUGGAGCACAGACGCUCUCAACAAUUUUGGAUGUAAUAAUUAAUAUAACAACACUAAUACUGAAAUAGUUAUGUAUUUUAGACCAAGAACAACAUUUUAGAUGGUCUACAAUGUGGUCUGCCUGAUGGUUUGUCCAUUCACACACAUUUUAAAAAUGUUUAUGUCCAGACGAGCCAAAUUACACAAUUUUAGCAUAUACAAAAUAUAAAUAAUCACCGUGGUAUGUAUAUAAAAAUGAUAUGAAAUACUCAAAAUUUGAUUUAAAAAAUCGUUGGGCUGUUAUCAUAAUUGUACAAAAGCAAACAAACUGCAAAAAAAAAA